CUUGUAUAAGAACCAAAAGUAUCUUAUCUUGUAGAUACUAAUUAAUUCCACGUGUUCAUCGUUAUCAUUGCAUAAUUUAUAGCUGUAUUUUUUAUGAAACAUAUUUAAAUAAUUUUAACCUUUAUAACAAUAUAGACAGUCAUGUUAACUAUCAGUUGGAAACAAAGCGUGCAUUGGAAAGUAUAGACUGUGUUUCUGUCUCUUAUAAAAAAAAUGUUAUAUACGUUUACUCCAAAAGUAUCAUAUAAAUUUAAUUAAUAUUUUGUUUUCUCAAACAAUUACAAGCGAUUCAUUCAACAUCUUCUUUACUCCGAGUUGGUUUUGUUUGUAUUAAUAACAAUGCAUUGUGAAAUUAAUUGACGAUUAAAACGUACAACGCGUUUAUCGAUCCCGAUUAAAAAUAUUUUGUACUACGACGACGACGACGACGACGACGACGACGAUGAUGAUGAUGAUGAUGAUUUCUUUGUAACGAACAAAGAAGCUAGUAACGGAAAACGUGUAUCGGUCAUAUUCGUCAUAACUAUUGUGCUUCUAAUGAAUAUGUUUUCAAACAUAUAAUGCCAUCCACUUUCAACGUUCGAGCUUCUUAGUAUCCAUGAUUCGUUAAUUACAAUAUUCACUAUUUGUGCGAACGUGUUAGCAAGUGUUCCGACGUUUAGUAGAAUUUCAGAAUACGGUAGUUCCCCAACGUUGUAUUAUCAAGAUUAAAGUAUCACUUUCGCAAUAGAUUCAACGAUAAAUACCGUUUGUUGUUUAACGUUUACGUUAAGAGAUACACGUUCAUGAAACGUUAAAAAAGAAAAAAGAAAUAUAGAAAAAGCAAUACAAGCAAUAAAGACUAAGAGAAAAGAAUAAUAAAAUACUAAGGUGAAUCGUUCGAAAAUUCGCGCGUUAUUUCGUUUAUUUGAAUUUGUGAAUAAGAAGAGAAACUUUGAAUAUGCUUGAAUUUAAAAAAAAAUUAUGGCAAUAUAGUCGACUAAAAAACAUUCAAUUAUAUGGGGAGGAUGAAGAUGACGUUUUAUACGAAAGAACAACAAAUUUGGUGCGAGUGCCACGCUCACAGGAAAGUGAGUUAUCCUCGGAAACCUCCUCGAUUAAAAUCCGUAUUGAGGGUAUGACGUGUCAAAGCUGUGUGAAAAGUAUCGAGGGUACCAUCGGCGAUCAUUCGGGUGUUGUAAAUAUUAAAGUAGAUUUAAAGGAAAAACUUGGCCAUGUGGAAUAUAAGACUGAGGAAAUUACACCGUUGGAAUUGGUGGAAGCAAUCGAGGACAUGGGUUUUACUGCUUCUCUAAUAUCCAACGAUAAUGAUAAUAAAAAUGAUAAGAAAUCAGUUGUUUUGUCAACUUGCUUUAUACACGUCGGUGGUAUGACGUGUAUGUCAUGCGUGAAAUCUAUCAAAGUUGCUCUGUCAGAUAAACCAGGUGUGAAGGACGUUGAUGUUAGUCUUGAGAAAGAAGAAGCUAAAGUUUCUUAUAUCAGUGAGGAUAUAACGGCUGAUCAAAUUGCAACUUGUAUUGAAGAGGCUGGCUUUGAUGCAUUCGUUAAGGAAGAAAAUAAUCCGAUAAAUAUCACUGCGAAAAGUAAAACAAAAAAUGGCGAGGUCAAUGUGAUGAAAUUGAACGGAAGCGGAGAUGUGCUCGCUAUGGCUCGUAUGACCAAAUGUUUUCUACAUAUAGCGGGUAUGACUUGCGCAUCUUGCGUUUCUGCGAUAGAGAAACAUUGUAACAAAAUAUAUGGUGUACAUAGUAUAUUGGUAGCAUUAAUGGCCGCUAAAGCGGAAGUUAUUUUUGAUUCGGAUAAAAUAAGAGCAAAUGAUAUCGCUUCCAGUAUCACAGAGUUGGGCUUUCAAGCUACUGUGAUCGAUGAACCUGGAACUGGUGAAGGGGAAGUAGAAUUAAAAAUCUCAGGAAUGACGUGUGCUUCUUGUGUCAAUAAAAUAGAAUCAACUGUAAAAAAGUUACCUGGUAUACAUUCUGCCUCCGUCGCUUUAGCGACGCAACGUGGAAAAUUUAAAUACGAUGCCGAGGUGAUAGGAGUUAGAGACAUUGUCGAUAGUAUUAAUAAAUUAGGUUUUACUGCUAUAUUGUUUAAUAAUAAAGAUAAAGAGAAUAGAGAUUAUUUAGAUCAGAAAGAGGAAAUAAAAAAAUGGCGAACAGCUUUUCUAAUAUCUCUAAUUUUUGGAGUACCCAGCAUGAUAGUAAUGACUUAUUUCAUGUUAAUAAUGUAUUUGGAUAAUAUGUCGCACGAGGAUAUGUGUUGCAUAUUGCCUGGCCUAUCUUGGGAAAAUUUAUUGCUUUUCAUUUUUUCUACGCCUGUUCAGUUCUUUGGUGGAUGGCAUUUUUAUGUUCAAGCUUAUAAAGCUUUGAAACAUGGUACUACAAACAUGGAUGUUCUUAUUUCCAUGACUACAACAAUAUCGUAUCUUUAUUCUAUUGCGGUACUUACAGCAGCUAUGAUAAUGCAAGAAAAUAAUAGUCCACAAACGUUUUUUGAUACUCCUCCAAUGCUUUUGGUGUUCAUUAGUUUAGGCAGAUGGCUCGAAUAUGUAGCAAAGGGCAAGACAUCCGAAGCCCUUUCCAAAUUAUUAUCUUUAAAAGCAACUGACGCAGUUCUGGUGACGUUAGGUCCAAAUAACGAAAUAUUAUCCGAACGUUUAAUAAAUAUUGAUCUUGUUCAACGCGGUGAUGUAUUAAAAGUUGUACCAGGUGCUAAAGUACCUGUUGACGGUAGAAUCUUAUCAGGCCAAUCAACCUGCGAUGAAAGUUUGAUAACUGGAGAAAGUAUGCCAGUGCCAAAAAAGAAAGGAUCUAUGGUUAUCGGUGGUUCGAUAAAUCAAAAUGGAUCAUUAUUGAUUACUGCUACGCAUACGGGAGAACACACGACGUUAGCGCAAAUUGUUCGAUUGGUAGAAGAAGCUCAAACGAAUAAAGCACCGAUCCAACAUUUGGCUGAUAAAAUAGCCGGUUAUUUUAUACCUCUUGUUAUAAUAGUCUCAGUUAUAACUUUACUUACGUGGAUAAUAAUAGGAUAUAUUAGCGUAGAUAAAUUGCCUUUGACGCACAAUGAUCAGAUACAUAAGCAAUAUACGAAAAAAGAAGAAAUUAUAUUCCAGUAUGCUUUUCGAAGUGCACUGUCUGUAUUGGCGAUAGCUUGCCCUUGUGCAUUAGGCUUAGCCACACCAACAGCUGUCAUGGUUGGAACUGGUGUUGGUGCAUUGAAUGGAAUAUUGAUUAAGGGUGCAGAAUCUUUAGAAAAUGCGCAUAAAGUAAAAUGCAUUGUAUUUGAUAAAACUGGCACGUUAACGCACGGUGUUCCUAUGGUAACUAAAAUUGCUUUAUUUGUCGAUGAAAAGAUAUAUUCCAUAACAAAGUUAUUGAUAGCUAUUGGAACAGCUGAAAUCAAUAGUGAACAUCCUAUUGCAUCAGCGAUAGUUCGUUUUGUAAAGGAAACUACGGAUUCAGAAUCUACUGGUCAGUGUACCAAUUUUCAAGCAGUUGCUGGCUGUGGCCUAAAAUGUAAAGUAUCACAUUUUACCACAGCGGUAUCCGAUGCAUUAAAGUCUGAAAAAAUUAUUAAUUAUAUAAAUCAAACAAAGAAAGUAUCUUCUGGAACUUUUAAUCUGAACAAUGUGCCAAUAGAUAUUGUACCUUUUGUUGCUGCCACACAAGAGAAACAAAAUUUAGAUCUGCAAUUAUUGUUAAGUCCUGAGAGUAAUAAUGAUCAAAUUGUCUCUAAUGAAGCAUAUGAGAUUUGUAUUGGUAAUAGAGAAUGGAUGAGGAGAAAUGCAAUAAGUAUACCUCAAGAAGUUGAGACAAGAAUGAUCAAUGAAGAGGAUCUUGGUCACACUGCUGUCUUAGUUGCAAUGAAUAAUGUUUUAGUUGCUAUGAUUAGCGUUGCUGAUACAGUUAAACCCGAAGCACAUCUUGCUAUUUAUACAUUAAAGAAAAUGGGUUUACAAGUUAUCCUUCUAACAGGAGAUAAUAGAAAGACAGCAGCUUCUAUUGCUAGACAGGUUGGUAUUACCAGAGUUUUUGCUGAGGUUCUUCCAUCGCAUAAAGUAGCGAAAAUUCAACGUCUGCAAGAUCAAGGCUUUAGAGUUGCAAUGGUAGGAGAUGGUGUUAAUGAUAGUCCAGCACUUGCACAAUCAGAUAUUGGAAUUGCUAUAGCUUCAGGAACUGAUGUUGCUGUAGAAGCAGCAGACGUCGUAUUGAUGAGGAAUGACCUUUUGGAUGUAAUUGCAUGUUUGGACUUAUCUCGAAGAACUGUUCGCAGGAUAAGAUUAAACUUUUUGUUUGCUAGUAUAUAUAAUCUAUUAGGAAUUCCAAUAGCUGCUGGUAUAUUUAGUCCAUUUGGUUUCUUCUUAUUACCAUGGAUGUCAUCCGCAGCAAUGGCCCUUAGUUCAGUGUCUGUAGUUGGAAGCUCUUUAUUACUAAAAUUAUAUCGAAAACCAACAAAAGUUUCAUUAGAAACGCCAGAGUAUUUAGCAGCAAUGCGUGCACAUUCUACAGCUAGAAUGAUUGAUCUUGAUACAAUAUCUCUUCAUCGUGGAUUGGAUGAAUCAGUAAUGCCAGUACUAAAUAGAACAACAUCGUCUCUCUCCAGGCUAUUUGGAAGGACAAGAAGUGAAAUUGAGGGCAGACUGCUUGGUGAAGAUGUGGAUGAUACUGAUUUAGCUGUUGACUUCAAUGAUUAUCGAAAAAGCAAAAAAGAUCUAACUAAUAUAACACCUUUAUGAACUGCAUUUUUACAUAAAAAAUGUAAUGAUGUAAGUUAAUAAGCUGCUGUUAUUAUAAUUAAUAUUUUCUUUAUUUUAUUAAUCUAUUCAUGUACAAUAUUAUUGGUAAUUUUGUGUCUAUGUUCCCAUAAUUAAAUUUUUUAUAUAGCUCUUUUA